AUGGCGGGUUAUCCUGGCGAUGGGGGCUGGGAAGCUACCGGCAAAGGAGGUAUGCCAGGCCCAAAUUGGGGCGGUGGAGGCUGGGGAGGCUGCGGAGGCUGUGGAGGCGGAGGCUGCGGCGGAGCCGGCGGCGGAGCCGGCGGCGGAGCCGGCGGAGGCUACGCCAAUGCGAAUGUCUAUGUUGCCGGCAUCCCGGAAGCUUGCACCGAGCAGGAAUUUAGGGACUUCUUCGCUCAGUACGGCACCGUGACAUCCACCAAGCUUUCAGAGCAGACGAAGAAUGGCACAAGGUACGGCUUUGUGAACUUCACUGCGCUGGAGGAGGCACAUGCGGCCAUUACGGCCACCAACAACAUGCAGUUCGGCCCGUGCGUGCUCACGGUCAGGAUGGCCAACAGCCAUAGCAAGGGCUGGGGCAAAGGACCAGCCCCAGGGGGCAGCAUGGGCAUGGCCUUAGGAGGUCUUGAAGGGUGCCCACCUUCAGACACGAUUAUCAUCAAGGGCUUGUCCUCCAACUUGACGGAAGAGUCCAUCAAGACCGUCUUCUCCCAUUAUGGGCAGGUCCUUCAGACGAGAAUCCUGGAUCAGUAUGAGGGCUGGGCAUUAGCGACAGUGAGGAUGUCUAGCACAGAGCAGGCGGAGUGGAUUGUGGAGAAACUCGAUGGCAAUAUCCCGCACACGCUGGAGACUCCUGUCGAUGUUUCUUUCAUGCCCGCAAGCACUGCCCCUCUUAGACACUUGCUGGGAAACAACAGGCAUAUGCCCUAUGGGCAGGCAGCUCCUAAGAGCCCAGCCACGACAGAGUUCCAGAAAGCUGUCAGCGACACCAUUGCUUCUGUGAAGGGCUUUAAGCCAGUGCCAAGCUCCGAACCCGAUCCAAGCUACUUGCUCAUCAAGGGGCUUACCCCGGAGAUGGAUGAGCUGUACUUGUACUAUGUCUUUGCACCCUUUGGUCCUGUCCAGAGCGUACAAGUCACGAAAGAUGACUUUGGAGGAUGCGCUGGUACAGCCUACGUGAAGUUUGGUGUGGCAGAUGACGCCAUAACUGCGAUCCAGACGAUUUGCGGCAAUCCGCUUCCUGAUGGAAACGUGAUCGGCGUAUUCGUAAAAGCCAAAGGACGACCUAGCUCGGCGACUAUGGGAGGGCCCAGCGCUGAUGCCGCCGGUGCGGCUGGCAUGGGCGCCAUGGGUAUGGGCGCCAUGGGAGGCAUGGGUGGCAUGGGUGGCAUGGGUGGCAUGGGUGACUGGAAGGGUGACUGGAAAGGCUGGAAGGGAGGCUGGAAGGGCGGCUGGUAG